GCUACGCGUAGGGCAUUUAAUCCAUUGCACAGGGCAGUUAUGACAUCUGGAGGCCAAAUGGUAUAGGGAUCCCUGGACGAACCGCGGCUCACUCUCACACCCGUGCGUGCUGCUGUUUCUCCCCCGCACGAGCGUCGCCUUGUUCUUCCGUCCCAGACCUGCAUCCUUCCGCCAUAGCAGCGCGCGCCUGGUUCAUCUUUGCUGAAAGGGUCAAGGUGUUUCAUGCAUCUAAAUCUUAUCUUGCCAAAAUACAAUUUAUCGCAGGACACUAUGUCCAGCCUCUCCACUGAUACGCUCCAAAGCACCAUUACUGAAGACGAUGCUGCUUCCUCAUAUUUGGUGUGUGUUCUUCAUUUUGAUGGCGCUUCAAAAGGGAAUCCAGGAAAAGCUGGUGCUGGAGCUGUACUUAUGACUGAAGACAGGAUAGUGAUAUCUCGACUUCGUGAGGGUCUUGGUAUUGCUACCAAUAAUGUUGCUGAGUACGGGGGCCUGAUCUUAGGACUGAAAUAUGCUAUUAGGCAUGGAUUCAAGAGAAUCAAAGUAUACGGUGACUCUCAACUAGUUUGUUAUCAGGUGCAAGGAACAUGGACAAGUCGAAACCAGAAAAUGACGGAACUGUGCAAUGAAGUGAGAGGACUACAAGCAAAUUUCGUUUCUUUUGAGAUGAAUCACGUGGGUCGGGAAUGGAAUGCGGAAGCGAACCGCGAGGCUGAGAUAGCUGCUACCACUCUUGCAGGUAUGAGCCUGCUCUUUUCCUCCUAUUUUCGUGUUCUUACGUCCUAACCACAGGCAAAUUGUAUCACUGGCAUGGUCUCCGAGGAGCGUGGUGAAGGCUUCUAAGCUCUAACAUCAGCCUUCGUUUCCUAUGUCUCGGAGGAGCGUGUGCUGCUGCCUAUCUGAUAACUCCAGUUUCCUGGCCUUAAUGGGCUGUUCUGUGUGUUGCUGGCUAGACAGAGAAUGCUUCUGUAUCCUCUUUGAUUCGUGGUAGCGUACCAGCAUCACUCUUUUAGUAAGAUAUCAUGUACUAGCAGUUAUGGACUUAAGCUUGGGCAGUUGGACUUGGUGUACCUUAAGUUUAGUUUGCUUAUUUGCUUUGUUGCCCUCUUU